CGCGGUGGCUGACGGGAUCGCUGCGCGAGCCGCUGUCUCUGGGUUAAUGUCCGCCAUGUUUGCGGCGGCUCCGGGAGCGCAGCGGCGGAGGAAAGCGGAUUCGGCGUCGCGAUAAACGCGCCAGAAAUGGGUUCCGCCGCCACGGCUCGACCGAGACGAAGCCAAUGAACGCGCCCGGUCGAAGAAAAGUCGCCUCGGCAGUGAAUCCGCGCGAAUACUCGGUUUAGUUCGGACUUGGUUCCGCGUUCAGUCGUCUGGUUUUUUUUUUCCUCCUCAAAAAACAAUGAGUAAACUCUCGUUCCGAGCGCGAGCGCUAGACGCCGCCAAACCGCUUCCCGUUUACAGUCACGGAGACAUCCCGGACCUAAACGACUGCGUGUCAAUCAGCCGAGCAGUCCCGCAGAUGCCCACCGGCAUGGAGAAAGAAGAGGAAUCGGAGCAUCAUCUCCAGCGAGCCAUCUGUGCCCAGCAGGUGUUCAGGGAAAAGAAGGACAGCAUGGUGAUCCCGGUGCCCGAGGCUCAAGGCUGCAUCACCUACUACGACCGUCUGUACAAAGGAGACUUCCGUCAGCCCAAACAGCUUAUCCACAUCCAGCCGUUUGGCCUGGACAGUGAGCAGCCCGACUACGAUAUGGACUCGGAGGACGAAACGCUGCUCAACCGGCUCAACCGCAAGAUGGAGCUCAAACCGCUUCAGUUCGAGAUCAUGGUGGAUCGGCUGGAGAAAGCCAGCACGAACCAGCUGGUGACUCUCCAGGAGGCCAAGCUUCUUCUGAACGAAGAUGAUUACCUGCUCAAGUCUGUGUACGAUUACUGGGUGAGGAAGAGGAAGAACUGCCGCGGGCCCUCGCUCAUCCCGCAGAUCAGGCAGGAGAAGCGCGACGGCUCCACCAACAACGACGCGUACGUGGCUUUCCGCCGGCGCACGGAGAAGAUGCAGACGCGGAAGAAUCGUAAAAAUGACGAGGCGUCCUACGAGAAGAUGCUGAAGCUGAGACGGGAAUUCAGCCGAGCCAUCACCAUCCUAGAGAUGGUCAAGAAGAGGGAAAAGAGCAAGAGAGAGCUGCUGCACCUCACCCUGGAGGUUGUGGAGAAGAGGUACCAAAUGAGCGAUUUCUCCGGAGAUGUUUUGAAUGAGGUCUCGGCACCACUGGCGGAAAAAACGGUCUACCCGACUCCAAUAUGUCUGCCCAAUGGGAACAGGCAUAAAGCAGAGAACAAGUUGAAGAUCCACAAGGCUGUGCCCAAGCACCAUCCGCACCACUUUCCGGUGAAGAUCGAGCCUCAGUUUGAAAUCGGUCGUGGACACAAGAAGUACACGCGCAGGCCCAAGCUGGAGCCGCUGCGACAACACGUUGUCACCAAGGCUGAUAUCAAACAGUAUGACUUUCACAGCUCCGGGGAAGAGGACAAUCCGAUGUCUCCAUCAUCUGAGCCGGAUGAGGAGAACGACCCGGACGGAGGCUUCGUUUUCAGGCGCAGAGCCGGUUGCCAUUACCUCGCUCCCCUGACAGAUAAGAGCUGCCCUCCUGUCCCGCGUCUGGAAGGCAUCGAUGCCCUGUGUCAGAGAAACUCCCUCACAGCUCUGUCUGUGCCACGCCGCUGCGUAGGAGUGACACGUAGACGCCUAGGCCGCGGCGGGAGGUUACUCCUCGACCGAGCCUCAUCAGACCUGGACCGAGUCCUCAGACACUUGGACCCCGACACAGUCUCCUACUCGGUCCCAGCGCUCACGGGCACGCAGACCAACACACCACACGUGCCCGUGUCGCCCCGGGCGAAGCCUGAGCGCUCUCUGACUCAGCUCCUCAGUAAUAUCCAGGCCUGCAGGUGGAGAUACUUCCGCCCACGACCUUUCAGCGGAAACGGAAAGGAGGAGAGCAGAGGAGGAGGACCAGGAGCAGCAGCAGGAGGAGGAGGAGCGGCGGUCACUAGUAGUUCGAGAAACAGCAGUUUAGGAGCAAUAACAGAGGAGCAGUAUCAGUCUCACCAGCAGCAGUUGGCUCAGAUGCUCCAGCAGGGCCCGCAGCAGAACCCACCUCUGUCUGAGCAAUCCCAUGCACACGUGUCUAAAUCCGUCUCCUCAGGCUGCCUGUCCAAGACGUUAGACUCGGCCAGCGCUCACUUCGCUGCCUCUGCUGUGGUCAGUGGCUCGAACAAGGAUCUGAAACCCCACAGCGCCGGAGUCAACGGCAUCCUUACAAAUUCAGGAAGCUCCAGACAGACCAAGUUCAGCUGUUCGACUCCACUCGGAGUCGGCAGCGUCUCCUCAGGCUCAUCCUCAUCCGCCCGCCCCCCUGCCGUGCCCCAGUCUGUGCCCCACGUGAGCGUCGUGUCUCCUGCGCGACCCUGCGCUCCGUCGUCGCCCACGUUAAAGCUCGCCAGCGUGGCCGGCAGCAGCCUGGCCAAAGUCACUCUUGGCAGGGACAAACACGAGCCGGAGAGGCUGGCUCUGAAUGGAUUAGCGGACACCACUGUGGCCAUGGAGGUGACAUAGCCUUCUCCUGACAGGACGCCGACGAGACGCCGCAACCUGGACGUGGACCUACAUCGCAUCGUAGCAUAUCAGACAUUUGUGAAUAUUCUAUGUGUACAUUUUUGUAAAAUUGGGAACUAUCACUACCUUGUAAAAUAGUCUGUUUGUAUCAUUAGGUGUUAUUUGUUACAUGAAAUUUAAAAGAUCUUGUCAUCACGCUUUUGCACUUCCAGCCAAUGGCGAAAAAAAAAGAUAAAAAAAAAUUAAAAAGUGCAUCAGUAAGUGCAGGGAUCAUGCAUGAGUCCAAAUCAUACCUUCUUGUUUUAACUAUUUAUUUUGCCAUGUUUACAUUUUUGUAUCUUGUACAAAUAAAUCAGAUUUUUGUCACAAAACAUGGAUACCAGAACA